AUGCUGAAUAUCACUAGAAUAACAGGGUUCUUCCUUAUGGGGUUCUCAGAUGUUCCUGAGCUACAGACUGUAUGUGGGCUGUUCUUCCUGGUAAUGUACCUAGCAGUCAUAAUGAAUAACCUCCUCAUCAUCACUCUAAUCACUCUGGAUCUGAAACUCCAAACACCCAUGUACUUUUUCCUGAAGAAUUUGUCCCUGUUGGAUGUCUUCUUUAUUUCUGUUCCAAUCCCAAAUUUCUUUAUCAAUAGCAUAACUCACAAAAAUUCAAUUUCUAUUCUGGCUUGUGCCCUCCAAGUGUUUUUAAUGACUUCUUUUGCAUGUGCAGAAAUAAUUCUCCUAACAGCAAUGUCAUAUGACCGCUAUAUUGCUAUCUGUUCUCCCCUUCACUAUGAGGUCAUCAUGAGCAGUGGUAACUGUGUGCUGAUGGUGGGUAUUUCCUGGGCCAUCGGGGUACUCUUUGGAGCUUUAUACACAGCUGGCAUAUUUUCCUUGCCUUUCUGUGGCUCCAUUGAGAUCCCACAGUUUUUCUGUGAUAUUCCCUCAUUGUUAAGCAUUUCCUGCUCUGAUACACUUGUGGUCAUUUAUACAAGUUUUGGAAUUGGUCUUUGUCUGGGCAUGGUUUGUAUCAUCUGUAUUGUGCUCUCUUACUUUUGCAUUUUCUCCACUGUGCUGAGGAUUCCUACCACUAAAGGUCAGUCCAAAGCAUUUGCCACCUGCAUCCCUCACCUAACUGUUUUCAGUGUUUUCAUUGCCACUGGUUGUACUGUCUAUCUAAAGCCACCUUCAAAUACAACAUCACUUACAGAGAGACUAUUUUCUGUGUUGUAUACUGUGUUGCCUCCAGCACUUAAUCCUCUGAUUUAUAGCCUGAGAAACAGCGAUGUACAGUGUGCUUUAAAGAGGUUGCAAGAAAAUUUCUGCCCAAGUAGUUUACUUCAUGUAACACUUCAAAGUAUCUGUCUAUGGUUUUGUGGCUCACAUUUUGCAAGGAAGUUUUGUAUUAUUUGA